UGUGGCCUCUUUUCCACUCAGUAGAAACAUCGUAACGAUACAAGAUGUCUACGCCAACAGUAAACGGCCUCAAUGGAAGUCAUUACCAAGAAAUAAACCACCAUUAUGCAGAAGAAUGCAGCCAGGACGAUAUUGGCACCUUUUUAUUCACAUCAGAAUCAGUGGGAGAGGGACAUCCAGACAAAAUCUGUGACCAGGUUAGUGAUGCCAUUUUGGACGCUCAUCUGAAACAGGAUCCUAACGCUAAAGUGGCCUGUGAGUCAGUGUCCAAGACGGGAAUGAUCCUGGUGUGUGGAGAAAUCACAUCUAAAGCAGUGGUAGAUUAUCAGGAUGUGAUCCGUGGCACCAUUAAACAAAUUGGAUAUGAUGACUCUAGCAAAGGUUUCGACUACAAGACCUGCAAUGUUUUGAUUGCUUUGGAACAGCAGAGCCCCGACAUUGCCCAGGGUGUGCAUGUUGACAGAGACGAUGACAAUAUUGGAGCAGGAGACCAGGGUCUUAUGUUUGGAUAUGCCACAGACGAGACUGAGGAAUGCAUGCCUUUGACCGUUGUUUUGUCACAUCAGCUUAAUGCCAGAAUUGCACAGCUUAGGAGAAGUGGGGAAUUAAGCUGGGCCAGACCUGACACAAAGACACAAGUUACAAUCGAGUACAAGUACGAUAAAGGAGCUUGUGUACCACUUCGUGUUCAUUCAGUUGUAAUUUCUGCUCAACAUGACGAAACUGUGACUCUAGAAAAGUUGAGGAAAGAGCUGAUGGAAAAAGUUGUGAACUAUGUGAUUCCACAGAAAUACCUAGACAAAGACACAAGAUAUCAUAUUCAGCCAUCAGGGAAAUUUAUUAUUGGUGGACCACAGGGUGAUGCUGGUUUAACGGGUAGGAAGAUCAUUGUGGAUACCUAUGGAGGUUGGGGUGCUCACGGUGGUGGUGCUUUCUCAGGAAAAGACUUCUCCAAAGUGGACAGAUCAGCUGCCUAUGCAGCCAGAUGGGUGGCCAAGUCUCUAGUCAAAGCUGGGCUGUGCAAACGUGUUCUUGUACAGGUCUCCUAUGCCAUUGGUAUUCCUGAACCAGUUUCCAUCACUGUAUUCAGUUAUGGAACAUCAAAAUAUUCUGAGAAACAACUCUUAGCUGUGAUCAACAAGAACUUUGACUUGAGGCCAGGAAAAAUUGUCAAGGAAUUGAAUUUGAGAGCCCCUAUUUACCAAAAGACAGCUUGUUACGGACAUUUUGGCCGUCCAGAUUUCCCAUGGGAAGUACCAAAGAAGCUUAUUCUGUAAGCCUCUCCAGCGGAGUCCCAUAGACAAUGUCAUAUUUGUAUAUACAACAUUAAACAUUUGUGAUUCCAAAAGGGGAGUAGCCACAGUAGUUAAAAGACUAGUCAGACCAGACUUGAAAGAUCCGAUUUUGUAGUUAGACUUGACACAAAUUAUGAUCAAUGCCAUAUA